UUUGAGCCAGAUAAGUAUUUAGACCCCCACCAACAGCCUCUGCCCCGUCUUGAGUGUCAGCCGGGAGCAACGAAGGGAAGCGUGUUUGCUAGACGUUGAACUACACAGAAACGCUCUUCAAAAAACAGCCCUGCAAAGAUGUUUUCCAAGCUAAGUGCUUGUGUGAACUUGGCCACGCCAGUGCUCGGCCACCAAGUGCACAUGGUGAUCCGUCCUGCAUCGACGGCUGCCUCGAAGCUUAAGAAUAUGGAGAAAUCCUUAUCUGCAGAGGAGGUGUUUGCUCGGGAGGAAAAAUAUGGUGCCCACAAUUACCACCCGCUGCCUGUGGCUCUGGAGCGUGGUGAAGGAAUUUAUGUGUGGGAUGUUGAAGGCAGAAGGUAUUUUGACUUUCUGAGUGCUUACAGUGCAGUGAACCAAGGUCACUGCCAUCCAAAGAUCGUUGCAGCUCUGACCUCACAGGCCACAAGACUUGCACUGACUUCGCGAGCAUUUUACAAUAAUGUGCUGGGGGAGUACGAGGAGUACAUCACCAGUCUCUUCAAAUACAACAAAGUGCUGCCAAUGAAUACAGGUGUAGAAGCAGGAGAAACUGCUUGCAAGCUGGCCCGCAAAUGGGCAUACACUGUCAAGGGAAUUCCAAAGUACAAAGCAAAAAUUAUCUUUGCACAUGGUAAUUUCUGGGGGAGGACAUUAGCUGCUAUCUCCAGUUCCUCAGAUCCCAGUAGUUAUGAUGGAUUUGGUCCAUUCAUGCCUGGCUUUGAGAUUAUUCCAUACAAUGACAUACCAGCUCUGGAGCGUGCACUUCAGGAUCAGAAUGUUGCAGCAUUCAUGGUGGAACCCAUUCAGGGUGAAGCGGGAGUGCUUGUUCCUGAUGAAGGCUACUUGACCAAAGUGAGAGAGCUGUGCACCAUACACAAUGUCCUGCUCAUUGCGGAUGAGGUACAGACUGGGUUGGCUAGGACUGGCCGGAGACUGGCGGUUGACCAUGAAAGCGUCAGGCCUGAUAUUGUUAUGCUAGGCAAGGCUUUGUCAGGAGGAGCUUAUCCAGUCUCUGCAGUGCUGUGUGAUGAUGAGGUCAUGUUGACUAUUAAGCCUGGUGAACACGGCUCUACUUACGGAGGAAACCCAUUGGCAUGCCGGGUAGCUAUUGCUGCUCUUGAGGUUCUUGAAAAAGAAAAGCUGGCUGAAAAUUCAGAAAAGAUGGGAAAAAUCCUUCGAUCAGAGUUGAUGAAACUGCCCAGCGACAUUGUAAUGACUGUUAGAGGGAAAGGAUUGCUGAACGCCAUAGUCAUCAAGGAAACCAAAGGCUACGAUGCCUGGAAGGUAUGCCUGCGCUUGCGUGAUAAUGGACUCCUGGCAAAGCCCACUCACGGGGACAUCAUUAGACUGGCACCGCCGCUUGUGAUCAAGGAGGAUCAAGUGCAAGAGUGCGCUGAAAUCAUUCAGAAGACAAUCUUGUCGUUUUAGACUUUACUUGCUUAUAGGUCACUUUUUUGUCUUGAUUUCUUUGGUUGCUGUAGUUGUAUUACUUAAAAGCCUCCCCAAACAGUUUAUUUAAAUAUAUUAUGUGAUUAUAUGCGUUAAAUGUAUACACAGUGUGAUCUUUCUAAACCCUUACCAAACAAACCCAACAACGUACACAAGCCGUUGUAAGCAAACUAAAUUUACGUUUGUUUUUUCAUUUUUUUUAACGAAAUGGCAAUUUGAGCACAUGUGUUCAGCUUUCCUGGUAAUGUUUGACCCCUAUAAACAUGCAUUGCAUUUAUCAUGAUCAAUAUAUGCAAAGCCUUUGAAAUGGUAUUUGCAGGAUAUGAUAUUUAAAACAUCACUGCACAGCCAUUGGGUAUAUUUUAGGGAUUCUAAAGUUUGUCACAGGUGAAAUUGGGUUGAACCCUAAUUCUUAAUGUCAUUUGGGGAUUUAACAUGUAAGGCUUAAGAUCAGAAAUCCUAGACUGCAAUGGUCUUUUGGUGAUGUUUCACUACUAUUACUGGGUUUAGUAAAGUUGAGGGAGCUGAACACUGCUGUAUUUCCUUUUAGCUUUUUUUUUUUUUUUUUUUUUUUUUUUUGAGAAACUUGAAAGAUAUUGCGAGUCCUAUUGGCAAAGGUGUGACUUUAGCACGCUAUUUCUUAGGUAAAAACGUUAUUUAAAUAUAUGGCUAGUCUGAGCACACGUUGAAUACACAAGGAAAUGUUUUACUGGCAUUUCAAACCUUUUAAUGUUUUUUUUGAUUUAGUGAUUCAAGAGAAUGGCUAGAUAUCUGGGAGAUGUCAGUUCAGUGAGAGUGAAUUUCAACAUAUUGGCAUUUAUUUAUGAUUCUGGAUUUUGAACCUCUUUAAGAAAUUAAUUUUGCCAAUGCUUGUUGCUACUGUAAAAUGUAGUACUGUUUCAAAGGAAUUCUCCAGCGAGUCUGGUUAACAUCUGUAUUUAACUUUGUUGUCUGAGGCUAGUUCUGGUGUGCUUUAUUUAUUUUAUUUGUUUUGUAUGUGUAUUUUGCAUAAUUUAACAGUUCAAAAUUGCUAAAGAAUUAAUGUUAAAUUAAAGAGUGUUAUUCUCUGAA